AUGAAUGCUGGGCAGAAGAGCGCAAGGCGAAUAGCCGCCGCAAAUGGUACCUUCAAUUCAUACUGAUGGAAGAAAGGGUUAGCUGACAUCGUGACCAGUUCUCUCACGCGACACGAUCUGCAACUCGUGUCUACUGCGACUCUCUUCCCAUACUUCGAGACGAAAUGCAUCGGCCGCAGCGGUAGCGGUAGCUGAAGAGUCGCCACGCACUCAGACAGAACUCCCCAAUGCUCCCGUGAAAGCACAAGGACUGCAGAAGGCAAUCAGGGUAUCAUGCAGUCCAGUCCUUUCGCGGCCUCCUUUAAUCACGAGAGACUUGACUUCCUUCGAGAAGGCCUUCUACCUUUACCAGAAACGCUUAAAUGAGCGAUUGGUCUUGCCUUUCACGCGAUACUUCUACAUCAAGCGACGGACGCCGGCGGAGGUUGAAUGGAAGAGAAAAGUGAAGGCGCGGAGAGGAACGGCUGCAAGAGAUGUCGGGCUCUACAACGCGUAUGAUAAGGAUGCUUGGAAUGACGAAGCUCUCGUUGGCAGCAAGUUCUCUGAACCGGAAGACAUCGUAGACAAGCUCAUACGAGAUGCCGAAGGAAAAGACAUCAUAGACGCCGAGCUUCAGGGCGAUGCAGAGACUGGCGGAGAAGCUGUGGCCGGAGACGCAAAAGCGGGAGAGGGAAUGCGAAAGCCCGUGAAUGAAGUCGCUAUUGAAAGGCCUCUGCCGCGGACCACGGAAGCCGAUGAAACAGGAGAUGUGCGAAGCUUGGCUCGGGCACUGGACAAGACCCUCUACUUGCUUGUGAAGAACCAGCAGGGCGAAUGGCGCUUUCCAGAGGACAGAGUGCAUGGAAGAGAAAACUUACAUCAGGUAAAACAGGCUGACUCUUGUCCUCGUGCACGAAACUAACGUCGGUCUAGGCCGCUGAACGAAUUCUGCUCCAAGUCGGCGGGAUGAACAUGAAUACUUGGGUAGUCGGCAAUCACCCAGUGGGACAUUUCAUCAGGAAAUUCAUGGAACCCAUCACGGCCAAGAUAACGCGAAACAGGCUGGUCAGCACUUCAAAAGACUUCGAGCAGGAGGAGUAUGGUGAAAAGGUCUUCUUCAUGAAGUCUCGGAUAAUGGCUGGGCAGGCAGACAUGAGCCAGAACGAAUUCGGCGAUACCGAUUUCCAAUGGCUGACCAAAGAGGAGAUUCAGCAAAAGGUGCACAAAGGCUACUGGGACUACAUUAGAAACAUGCUGCCCUCGCGGUAG